AUGAUGUCCUCAACGUCACAGAUUGACGCAUUUGUCACGCGGCUCAACGAUUGUGAAAAUGAUUAUACUGCCAAACAUUCAAUCUUGUCUGAAUUGUUGGAUACUAUGGACACACUCAAUGGAGCUUCUGAAUAUGAAUAUUUCUUGAAGAACUUGGUGCCAAUUUUUAUGAAGGAGUUGAAUGAUGUUCCAAUUUCUUUUAUAAGCACUUCUCCUGCUCAUAAGUUAAGAAACUCGAUAUUAGAAAUCAUUCACAGAUCAAUUAUGAAUGAAACUUUUCAACCAUUUUCAGAAGAAAUUUUAAAUACUUUAACAAAAAUCAUAGUUGAUGAAAACGAAGAAAAUGGGGUAUUAAGUAUGAAAAUUAUUACUGGUUUACAUAAAACCUACAAAAACAAUUUGAGUGAGAAAGUACAACCAUUUGUUGAAAUUAUUGGCACAAUUUAUGAUAACAUGGAUAAAACAGUGCAUGAUGUAUUUAGUGACGAGGAAAAACACGAUAAUAAUAACUCAAAGGAUGAAUCACCAGCUACCACUGGUGGAUUCAAUGAAGAAACACCAACAAAGACAUUGAACAAAGCCAUGUUUUCAUUCAAAACUUUAGCAGAAUGUCCAAUUACUAUGGUUUCUUUAUAUCAAUCAUAUAAACAACUCGUGUCAACAUCAUUACCACAAUUCUUGCCCAGAAUAAUCCACAUCUUAGAAUUACAAGUGGAGCAACAAAAACAAUUUAGAGCACAAUCCGAAAACAAUGUUGUUACUUCCAUAUCUCCACAAAUAAAAAACAGACAAGCGUAUAGUGAUUUCAUCCUUGGUCAAGUUAAAGCAGCAUCAUUCUUGGCUUAUGUGUUUAUCAGAGGAUACGCCAGUCAACACUUGAAACCUGAAGAAAGUAAAUGUGUUCCCGAUGUUAUUUUGAGAUUACUACAAGAUUGCCCUGCAGAAUUGUCGAUUGCUCGAAAGGAGUUAUUACAUGCAACAAGACAUAUUUUAUCCACUUCAUUCAGAACACAUUUCAUUCCUAAGUUAGAGCUUUUAUUCAAUGAAAAGAUAUUGAUUGGCGAUGGAUUAACUUCCUAUGAUACUUUACGACCAUUGGCAUACUCAACCGUUGCUGAUUUCAUUCACAACGUGAGAAACGAAUUGACACCAUCACAAAUUUGGUCAACUGUGAACAUAUAUUGUGAUUUGUUGAAAGACGACUCGCUUGCAUUGACUGUUCAAAUUAUGAGUGCUAAAUUGUUACUUAACUUGGUUGAAAGAAUUAUGAAAUUACCAAAUAAACUCGAAGGACGUCAAUUGUUUUUGAUAAUCAUUGAUUCAUAUGCAAAGAGAUUUGCCAGCUUGAACAGAAAGUACGAUUACAUAAUUGCCAAACAUAAUGAAUUUGAAAAGAAGAAAAGUACAAAGGAGAAAAAGGCAAAGAAAGCUGUUGAAAGAUAUUCGUCCAAGUAUGAAACUGAACAUGAUCAAGAGGAGGAAGAACAGAAAUCAGAUGAAUCUAAUGAUGAUUUAAUGGAUAUCGAUUCAGAUGUUAAUGGUAAACCCGAAGUUGAUGAAAAUCUUCCUCUCGACAUGUUUAAUAUAGAUUCAUACUCCCCAAUUGCCACUUAUCCCUCUACCAAUAACAGUGAUGUUUUGAAAGAUGCAAGAUACUUGUUUAGAACAUUAAUGACAUUUUUGAAAUCAGUGAUAUUUGGAUUGAAGAACUGUAACCCGCCAGUUCCCCCUCAACCAACUUCAACUGAUCCAAACAAACCUGGUCAACAAGUCAACUAUGACAAAUGGAAUGAUUCAGCCAAAUUAAUAUCUCAUGAAGAAGUUAAUAUUUUACGUGCAUUGUUUAGAGGUGGUAUCAAUUGUCUUCGUUUCUUUUCAGUUACCAAGGCCAAACCGGUAGUUCCACCUAAAACCGUUGAUUUUUCCACUGGUGGACCCAACUUACCAAUUACAUCAUCUAAAGAAGAAAAAGAUUUGAUGGAAAUUUUUGCAACUAUUUUCAUUCACAUAGACCCUGCCUCAUUCAAUGAAAUUGUUAGUUCCGAAUUACCAUUUAUGUUUGAGUCAAUGUUGGAAAACGCUGCAUUGUUACAUUUGCCUCAAUUCUUCUUAGCCAGUGAAGUUACAUCUGCCAAUUUUUCAAGUAUUUUGAUUUCUUUUCUUAAAGAAAAUUUGGAUCAAUUAGGAAAAGUAGACUUGAUAAAGUCAAACAUAUUAACCAGACUUUUCAAGCUUUGCUUUAUGUCGGUGAAUUUAUUCCCUACUACCAAUGAAGGAGUGUUGUUGCCACAUUUGAAUUACUUGAUAUUGGAAUCAUUGAAGCUUGGCACUAAAGCAGAAGAACCUAUUGUUUAUUCAUAUUUGGUUAGAAUUCUUUUCAGAAGUAUUAGUGGUGGAAGAUUUGAAAACUUGUACAAAGAAAUUAUGCCAAUUUUGCCAGUAUUGUUGGAAAACUUAAACAAGAUGAUUGCCAAUGCUAGACGACCAUAUGAAAGAGAUAUCUAUGUUGAAUUAUGUUUGACAGUUCCUGUAAGGUUAUCUGUUUUGGUUCCUCAUUUAAGUUACUUGACAAGACCGUUGGUUUAUGCAUUGAAUGGUUCACAAGAGUUGGUUAGUCAAGGAUUGCGUACCUUUGAAUUAUGUGUUGACAAUUUGACUGCUGAAUAUUUUGAUCCAAUGAUUGAACCUGUCAUUGACGAAAUUAUGGCUGCAUUAUGGAAACAUUUAGAACCUGUACCGUACCAUCAUCAACAUUCCCAUACUGCUAUUAGAAUAUUGGGUAAAUUGGGUGGAAGAAACCAUCGUAAUUUCAAACCAUGCAACAAAUUAGUGACUCAACUGGAAUUAGAUCAAGAAAUCAAAGCCUUGUUCCAGAUUCAUGGAUUACAAGGUGAAGUUCCUGUAUCCAUCACACCAGGCGUUGAAUCUGCGGUAAAACUUCUUGAAGAUCCAAGAUUAAAGAUCCAUUAUAGAAUUAGUGCGUUUAAAUACUUGGCUAGUAUCUUGAAAUUGUUUAUUGACACAACCCCGAUUCCAGAAGAUUUCCCUAAAUUUGUUAAUGAAAGUAUCGAGUUUUUGAAACAUGAAAAGCAUGAUAGUGGUGACAAUGUUGAAUUGUCACCAUCAGAUAUUAAGAAUGGUGAGAAAUUGGAUCGUCAACAAGGAUUAUUUGCCAAGUUAUUGGAAAUGUUAUUCUUUUCUGUAUCAAUUCCCGAAUUAAGAGACGAAGCAAGUACUUUAAUCGAUGGUCUUACUACACAUUUUACUUUACUUAGAGUUUACAGUUCUGUUAUUGAAAAGACGAAGAAGGAAAGAAAAUUCUCAGUUGAUGAUAAUGAGGGCAAAGCUUAUAUUGGUGAAAGCGUAUUUUUGAAUUCAUUGAAUUAUGCAUUGAGUUUCUGGGAUAAAGAUGUUAGACAAAAGGGUAUUGAUUCAAUCAAGAAGAUUUAUGAUACCUCAGUUACUAUAUUUGGAUCUGAAGAUAAUGCUUUGUAUUUCCCAGUAUUCAGAUCUAUGUUCUACAAGUUUACUCAUUGUUGUUAUAAUGAAUACUACCAUGCUAAAUUAGGUGGUGUACUUGGUCUUAAAACCAUGUUCCAAGAUUUGAAAAUUCCACCAAGCUGGUUCAAUAAAAGGCAAUUUGAGUUGGUACGUUCAAUAUUCUUUAUUUUGAGGGAUACUCCAGAAACAGCUCCAUUUGAAGUUCGUGAAUCUGCAAAAGAGUUGGUUUUGUCUCUUUUGAAAACUUGUAACACCGGUAUUUCCAAAGAAGCUGUUGCCGAUAAAUCAUUCCAAACCCUUGUUGGUGCAUUGGUAUACGAUUUGGCUAGUCCAACUCCUAUGGUAAGAGAAGUUGCCCAAAAGUGUUUGGGUGUAUUAUCCGAUACCACUGGAGUUCCAAUUGCCACAAUUAUCGGUCCUUGCAAACACUUGUUAUUGACACCUAUUUUUGGUAAACCACUACGCGCAUUGCCAUUCCCAAUGCAAAUUGGAAAUAUUGAUGCUAUAACAUUCUGUUUAGGCUUGCCAGAUACUUUCUUAACUUUCAAUGAAGAAUUGAACAGAUUGUUGUUGGAAGCAUUAGCAUUGGUUGAUGCUGACGAUGAAUCUUUAGCUAACGUUCACCGUCUUACUGAGUAUAGAACAUCGAAACAACUUAUUGAGUUAAGAGUUGUUUGUAUCAAGUUGUUAUCCUUGGCAUUAACCAAACCAGAUUUUUCUUUAGGAACACUAGGUGAAGCAAGAAUUAGAAUUUUGGGUGUUUUCUUUAAAGCAUUGUGUAACAAAUCUACUGAAAUUAUCAAUGCCGCUCAUCAUGGGGUUGGCAUCAAGUUUGCAAGAAAAUGCCAAGUUGCCAAAAGAGUUGUUACAGAACGGUCUUCGUCCAAUGUUGAUGAACUUAUCCGACCAUAA